AAAAGCGAGGAGAAGCGCGUGUCUUGUGAUUGGUCCUGAAGUGGAAAGGCGUGAGAUUCCAUCAAAAAUCAAGAAAAAAAAAGCAGGUCAGUCAUGGAUCCUCCAUUCCAAGCAUAUUCGGUAGAACCGAUGAUCUCUUCAUGUCAAUUAGGAUUUCACUCUAGAAAUACUGAGUCAGUGAAUUGCAAGACGAGAGAAGGCGAACAAGAGUCAAUGGUGACUGCCGGACCGAUAAUAUCCAUCCUUUUAUCAUCAUAUCAUAAUCGUCCAGCCUUUUCCCUUGGUAUCUUUUACAUUUUCGCUGUCUCGGUAUUAUUUAACGCUUAGUGCUCUCAGCCUUGUCUGGUUUAGAUUUCCCCCUAGUGGUCAGGCAGGGUUUGUCGAAACUGCUAAAAAUCGGACAACAGAGUCCAC